AUGCGUUCCGAGCUUAUUGUACUGAUUUCCGUGAUGAUGUUAUCGGUUCAAGCACUACUUCAACUACCAAGAAAGUGUGGGUGGCAGGGCGCUAGUAGUGUUCAGGAUCUCGUCGGUACCAUACAGAAUCGAGAGCCUCUUGAUGCUGAUGAGAUUGUGGAUCUCGUCGGCACCAUACAGAAUCGAGAGCCUCUUGAUGCUGAUGAGAUUGUGGAAUGGAGAAAAGGUGAAGGCGUACUCAGAGAUCCUCGAAUACAACUUGAUUUAUAA